CCCCAACAUUUAAAAAAAAAAAAAAAAAAAGUUCAAUAAGCUUUCGUUCGUAUGCUUCGCCGGACAAGAAAAUACACAGCAUCCUCCAUUCUUCUCUCGUCGCCUCCUCAGGCGAUUCCCGAUUACUCGCCGCCCACUUCCGUCGCCGGAUACCGUCGGACACCACAGAUUCGAUUCAGGUGCUUUCGUUCAACUGUGCCUACUCUCGAUUUUCCUUUUUCCCCUGUUGACAGCAUUUUUAAAUAAGCUUAGCCAAACACCCUCUUAGACGGUGUGGUUAGAUUUUGAAAAAACAAAAGAAAGCAAAAAUGGCGAAAGGAGGAGGCGGGCAAAACCUUCCAGCAGAUGUAACCCAGUUGAUCGACCAAUUGGAGCGUCACUGCUUAGCUCCCGAUGGAUCUCUCGUCUCCAAAUCUGUAUACAACGAUCUCCAACUUGCGCGAGAGGAAAUGUCGAGAGAAAGACUACGUUAUUUGGAAGCCAUGGCUAUAUACUGCGAAGCAAUUGGUAUGGUUGAAGAUCAUCAACAGGCUGUUUCAGUAGCCAAUCUUGGAGGCAUUCGAGAGACACACUCCUCCAAUCUUGGCCUAAAGAAUUCUCCUGAGGUAUACGAAGCACUUGAACAUCGAUUAGUUGUUGCAGAAGCUGCUCAGAGACUUAGACUUCCAUUAAUUUCAAAAGAUGGUGAAGUUCAUGAGGAAGAAAUUGAGAAAUUGAGUGGUUUUUCAAGUAACUACACAAACAUUACCCCUGAAUCUACAGUUGGUGGUGUUCCUAAUCGCUUUCUUGGAAUAACACCUGCUUAUUUAUGGCAAAGUCAGGUCCAACAUGCACCAUUACCUAUGGAUGUGGGAGAAUAUCAAAUGCCUCUUCUUCGUGAGAUUGAGAUCCGUUUAAAGGCUAAAUGUGACAAGUUGGCUGAUGCUUUUAUUGAUGAUUUGGAUUCAUCAACAGGAAGUCAAAAUUCAACUGCAAGGCUUCCAGAAAGGGUAAAGAUAAUGAUUGAGGAGAUUGAAAGAGAAGAAACAGCUUUACGUGAAGAUCUAUAUUCAGCUGACAGAAAGUUUGCAGAAUAUUACAAUGUGUUGGAGCAGAUACUUGGUGUGCUUAUUAAGCUUGUGAAAGAUUUGAAGUUACAACAUCAACAUAAAUACGAUGAACUGCAGAAGACUUGGUUGUGCAAAAGGUGUGAAACAAUGAGCGCCAAAUUGAGAGUUUUGGAGCAUAUUCUUCUGCUUGAGACUUAUACACAGGAAUCAGUCCCAGCAUUGCAUAAGAUAAGGAAAUAUCUCGUUGAAGCCACAGAAGAAGCUUCACUUGCAUACAACAAAGCUGUGACACGGCUUAGAGAAUAUCAAGGUGUUGACCCCCAUUUUGACACAAUCGCAAGGCAAUAUCAAGAAAUAGUGAAGAAACUGGAGAAUAUGCAAUGGACAAUUCACCAAGUGGAAAUGGAUCUCAACCGAUUACCCAGUUCUUGAAAUGAAUAAUUCGGUGAAAGAUGCCCAUUUGAGUUGAUGUUUGGAGUAUGGAUUUGUGGGUUUUGUGUAAAUGUGUGUAAAGAAAUAUGGAAGAAAGUAAAGAAUUCAGAUGGAGUGGCAUUCUUUAGAAAGAAAAAAUGGGAAGAAGGAAAGAAAUAUUUGUUGUGAGAUUCACGCAUUCUCUUAAUGGACUCUUGAGAUAUUUGAUAAAGUUGUUGAGAAUGAGUUCUGUUUGUUGUGUAUUCAAGAUUUUCAAAUGCAAAAGUGGAUUUUUUUUAGUAGAAAAGCUUAUCAAAGUUGCAUUAUUUUUUAUUUAAUAGUGUAAUAGUCUUGAUCUAAAAUUGACAUGAAUAGUACCUAAGAUUGUAGGUUGUACAUAGGAUUGUAAGAUUGUACAAUGAUAUGAUCCAAACAUAUUUAUUGUUUUGAAAUUUGUCCGUG